UAGGUACUGAAGUUACAAAUUUACAUAACGGAUAAACCGGUUGCUUUCCCCCCAUCCACCAAUUUUGCAGAUUAUUUCUUUUUUGCAAAUAAUAUGAAUACACUCAUUCUCCCUCCACCAUCAACCACCGUCUUCCGCCACCGCAAUCUCUCCCAACAACAACCACUCUCCACCACCACAGCUACCUCCACGUCACACAAACACACGCCCCUCCGUUCAUCUUCUCUCACUUCACUCACCUUAUCAGAAGAUGAUGUCACUACUCAAAACGACGACGUUUCACCACAGUCUCACCGCCGCUACGAUUUCUCACCUCUCUUCAACUUCCUCUCAAAUCACACCUCCGGCGACGGAAAUUCGACCGUGUCAUCAGAGCUCACUGAGUCGCAACUCGUUAACUCAUACCGGUUAGUUCCACCUUCUCUCUGGCAUUAUUUACUCAAAAGCUUAGCUACUUCAGAUACAUCGUCUGAGUCGAUUUCUACGGUUCACGCGCUUGUUGAUUGGCUGAGUAAGCAUGAUUUAUGUGUUUCUUAUGAAUUUAUGUAUUCGAUUUUGAUACACGCGCUAUCACGCGCCGAGAAAGUGUACGAAGGUUUUUUGCUUUCACAGAGACACACACUUACGCCGUUAACUUAUAAUGUUUUGAUUAGCGCGUGUGCGCGUAACGAUGAUUUGGAAAAAGCGGUUAUUCUGUUGAAUAAAAUGCGGUCUGAAGGUUACCAGACUGAUUUUGUGAAUUUUAGUUUGAUUAUUCAGUCGUUAGUUCGGAAUGAUCAGAUAGAUUCCGGUUUGUUGGAACGGUUAUAUGAUGAUAUGAUUUCGGAUAAUAUUGAGUUGGAUGUGCAGUUGUUGAAUGAUAUAGUGUUAGGUUUUGUUAAGUCAGGUGAUGUUGAUAGAGCUCUGUAUUUUUUAGGUGUGAUUCAAGGGAAUGGAUUGAGUGCUAAAACGUCGACUGUUGUUUCGAUUAUAUCGGAGUUGGGGAGUUUGGGGAGAGCCGAAGAGGCUGAAGCGGUUUUUGAAGAGAUCAAGGAUGGUGGAUUGAGACCUAGAACGAGAGCUUAUAACGGUGUGUUGAAAGCAUAUGUUAAUAAUGGUUGUUUAAAGGAUGCAGAGUGGAUUGUGAAUGAAAUGGAGAGGAAUGGAGUUGCGCCUGAUGAAUACACGUAUAGUCUUUUGAUUGAUGCUUAUGGAGGUGCAGGCAGGUGGGAGAGUGCAAGGAUAGUGUUGAAAGAGAUGGAAGUGAAUAAUGUGAAGCCGAAUUCGUUUGUGUUUAGUAGGAUUUUGGUUGGGUAUCGUGAUAGAGGUGAGUGGCAAAGAUUGUUUCAGGUUUUGAAGGAAAUGCAGACUUGUGGUGUGAAACCAGACAGGCAGUUCUAUAAUGUGAUGAUUGAUACGUUUGGGAAGUACAAUUGUCUUGAUAAUGCGUUGGCGACAUUGGAGAAGAUGAGAGAUGAAGGGAUUGAGCCAGAUACGGUUACAUGGAAUACACUUAUUGAUUGUCAUUAUAAAUCCGGGCAUCAUAGUAAAGCAGAGAAACUGUUUGUUGAAAUGCAGCAAAGUGGUUGUUUGCCUUGUAUUGCCACAUUUAAUAUUAUGCUCAACUCAUUUGGGGAACAAGAGAGAUGGGAGGGAGUGAGAAGCUUGUUAAGAAAGAUGAAAAGUCAAGGUUUAGAGCCUAAUGUGAUAACCUAUACUACACUGGUUGACAUAUAUGGAAAAGCAGGGAGGUUUAUCGAUGCCACUGAAUGCUUGGAGGAUAUGAAAUCUGCUGGUUUGAAGCCGACCUCAACAAUUUAUAAUGCUCUGAUUAAUGCCUACGCUCAAAGAGGUCUAUCUGAGGAGGCACUAAAUGCGUUUAGGGUAAUGAGAAGUGAUGGUUUGAAACCAAGUAAUUUAGCUCUUAAUGCGUUAAUAAAUGCUUUUUGUGAAGAUAGGAGAGAUGCCGAAGCAUUUGCAGUCUUACGGUCAAUGAAGGAAAAUGACCUGAAACCGGAUGUAGUAACGUAUACUACUCUGAUGAAGGCUUUAAUUCGUGUUGAGAAAUUUGACGAGGUGCCCGCCGUUUAUGAAGAAAUGAUAUUGUCUGGGUGCACACCAGACCGUAAAGCCAGAGCCAAGUUACGGUCUGCACUGAAGUACAUGAGACAAAGACUGAAAGUGAAAGCAUAGUUUUAUAUCACAAAACCCUUUAAUUAGGUCAAAGUGCCGAUAUCAACAUUAAGAUCAAACAUGGUACACCAACAGCAGAUGCACAGUCUGGGUCUUGGUCAACAGGGUUUGGCACAUCUAUCUCAGCUAAGAGCAGGUAUUGCUGCAAUUAUCCUUUUGUUUUGUAGAUCCUAUUCACACGUCAAAGUACAUAAUCAAGACUUAUCAAAAAGCCCUUUUCUUAUCUCUUGACAAUCGAGACUUUUGUAGCAUACUUGCACAUAUCGAAAUGAUAUUUGACCAUUAGUCAUAAAAUGCAUAUUGUAACAAAGCACAAAUAAAAGCCAUUUUUUGAACUUCACGAACUAUCUACACAUUUUAGCAGAGUUGAUUAUUGCA